AUGACCCGCCGCCGCUCUACAGUCAUCGUCGCGUCUGGGGCCGUAUUCGGGUGCGCCUUGCUUGUCUUUAUGGAUGGAGCUGUGAUGGCAAGCAAGGCCAAACUCCCCUACAACUUUCUCAUGUGGCUGCCCACACUGGUUGCGCUGCUUGGUACCUUCGUUUUGUCGCUUGUGAAGCCCGUGUAUAUCUUGGGGACAGACGGUGACAUGGACGACGACGACAACAGUAUCAAAAAGGCUAAAAGCAUGUUCUUUCUGGGAGCACUUCUUCUCUUCACGUCCAUCUGUCUUUCCAUAUGGAAGACGGUUGAUCCCUACGGAAACAAAGGAGUUGCAUGGCCAGGGGCGGCACUGUUGGUACACUCGUUGCUUCUAAUGCUUAUGAACUAUGGUUUGUUUAUCGCACGUGCGCAGUAUGAUGAUGAUUGA